AUGGCGUCAGGCUUUCCUGCGUCCUUUCUCGAACCUUGGCGAAAACGCAUCGGCGCGCAUGAACAGGAGCAGGCCGAUGACUUUCCUGCGUACAAUUCAGCCACAAUUGAUUCUCUCAUCACCACCAGCAUACCGACAGACCUCUACGUUGGCACUGGACACACCAUUUACGAGCGCGCUCUCUUACCAGCCAUUCGCAAUGCCAAGCAUUCGGUUCACUUGGUCACUUGCUUUUGGGCAGACUCUCCUACGGCCAACUCGAUCCGCGCCACGCUCUUUGAGCUGGCGGCGUCGCGUGCUAGCCAGAGCGGCCUGCCCACGCUUCACAUUACCAUUGGCUUCUCUUCUCGCGGACUGUUUCAAAAGCUAUUUCAUACAUCAUCGAGAAAUGGCUACGUGUAUUCGCCCUCUGAAUGGAAAGCGCUGAAGCUGCCGGACCAGCAGACACUGCAGAGCGGGUCAAUAGAAUUGACUGUCAAAACACUCUUUUUCACACCUCUCAGCGUCAUGCAUCCAAAGUACCUCAUUGUAGAUGAGGCUGAGGCUUGGGUACCAAGUUGCAAUGUCAGUUGGGAGAAGUGGUUCGAGGGCUGCAUUCAUUUACACGGUGGUGCCGUACAGUCUUUACUCUCCUUUCAUGAGCGCGUUUGGGGCUUGGGCACAAGCCAAUCUAACAUGGCAUCGAUACAUUAUCCACAAUAUCCAGAUACAGGAACGGAGCGGCCCGCAACUGGUUCUCGCAGCGGCGAUACCAAUGCGUCCCUCGUUGCUUCUGUCGAUGAUAUGUCGCCGACGCAGGCAGUGAGGCUAACCCCAGGAUCGCCCAUCCCGACGAUUCUUCUGCCUUCAUCUCAUCACCGGAAUCCUGGUUUCAGCUGGAUUCCGUUUCUCAGGAAGCCGAACCCUCCAAUGACACCAUUAAACGCCGCGCUUCUAACCUUGUUCGCGAACGCGCAAAGCAGCAUCGUGUUGAUAACACCAAACGUCACAUCAAAGCCUGUGAUCAAAGCCAUAGUCUCCGCACUUGAACGGGGCGUGUCCGUUGAAAUCAGAACCAAUCAAUCUAUGAUGCUUAUCGAGCAGCUCGCCACCUGUGGCACCACCACCAGCCGUUGUAUGAACGGAUUGAUGAAAACGUAUACAAGAAUGGCCAGCGUUCGUAGUCGCCAAGCCGGAGCUGACCUUGAGGCUCAGCUCCAUCCGCUCGGAAAGCUGGAAAUAUACUACUAUCAACAUCGUCUCGAGCGAGAGGAUCAAUCAGACGAGCCCGUUGUGAGCCAUUUUAAAAUGACAAUGGUCGACGACAGCUAUCUGCUGCUGGGCUCUGGAAACAUGGACAGAGCUAGUUGGUGGACCAGCCAGGAGCUAGGCAUACUGUUCUAUGUACCUGGGUUCGCCGAGAAACUACUUUGGGAGAAGGUUUUGCGUGUUCGCGGGCGGCGGGCAUUCCCUUCAGCCGUUCCAACACGAUAA